AUGGGAAGGCUGGGUCCGGUGACGUCCCAGGGCCUGGGUCGGUCGCCAUAUGACGAUGUAGUUCCCGGCGAAGGCCCAGACAACCCCCGGGGCCACCAGCAGCUGUAUGACGAGCGCGGCCGCCCCAUCAACCCCGAGACGAAGCGCAUCAACCGGGACGUCAUCCGCUCGCACAACGAGGUGAUGAUGGUCAUCGGAGUUGCUGAGCCCGAGAAUGGCUUCGUCGAGGCGCAGGCCGAGGCCGCCCGCAGGCACCGCCAGUACGAGGACCGCGUGGGCAGGAGGCUGCUGCUGGCCGGCGGCGUGUUCGAGACCGCGGCCAUCUGGGGUGUCAACGGCAUGAGACAGCGCAUUCUACUCUACAAACCGUAUUCGCAUACGUCCUUCUAUGGCAUGUUCCAGCUUGCUCGGAGUCAGCAGUCCCUGUCCUCUUACUUCUUUGGCGGCCUGCCAUCAUUCCUGGCAAGCACUGUCCUGGAACAGCUAGCACGGUCCAGAAUCAUUCCUUUCUCUGAGAUCCUGCCCAAUUGGCGAUUCUUCGUCCCUGGAACCAGUAUAUCACCGAUUCCGCUGCCCCCACUCCCCUCCUCUCUCCGUCCGCGCAGCCUUCUGCAGUGGCUGGGGGCCUUCGCCCUCGGAGCAGCUCCAUUCGCGGGUUUUUACCUCUACACCAAAUUCUACAGCUUCUUGAUUAGGACGCUGAGGUAUAAGAUCCACCGCCUUUUACCCAGGCCGCAUAACGCCACCAAGCGGCGGUCCUUCCGUGAUGGGGCAUCCCUCCCCCCAGGGACCGACGCCAUCCCCAUCGAAAUCCGCACCAGCGAGCCCAUCCAAACGCCAGACCCUCCGACAAACGAGCCCUCCCCAGGUGGCCCGUCCCGCCGACAGAGCACGCCCUCCCUCCGCGGCAACGGGCCGUCCGGCGCCGCCCAGCAGGACGACUUCGCCAGCGACGACGAAGAAGCCGAGAUCAUCAGCGCGACGCUGAUCAGCUUCGACGUCGAAGCCAGCGACCCGACACCCGACCCCACCAACCAUUCCCCCGCCACCGCCGCAGCCAACGGCGACGCAGCUACCGCCAACACCAACACCCCGACCCCGGGCGUCUGGUCCGCCGAACUGCGGCCCAACCUAACCGAUGGCGCCGCCGGGCGCGCCGCCGGCGCCGGGCCCGACAGCGGCGGCCCGCCGGAGCCCCUCUACCGCGAGACCGUCCUCACGCGGCUGCCCGCCGUGCUCGCCACGGACGUGCUGGCGGUGACGCCCGCGCGCCUGCUGAUGACGCCGCUCGCCACGCUCGUCUGGCUGCCCCUGGCGCGCGCCUACAUGGCCCGCCGCGGCCUGCCGCUGGACGACGUGGUGCGCGGCGCCGGCUGGUGGUGGGGCCUGCACUCGCGCCGCGCGCUCGUCAACCUGCUCGGGCUCGAGCUGCUGCUGGCCGUGGUGCACGGCGAGGCGUGGGCGCUGGUGACGCUGGUUGCGGGGUCGCUGAGGUACAGUGAGGAGGAGUGGAACGAGCGCGAAGGCGUGCGGCGCGAAGGGGACGGGGAUGGGGACGGGGAGGGAGAGGGAGAGGGGGGUGGGGAGCUGAUUUAG